CUCUGCAGCUGCUAGCGCCACCGCCGCUAUACUAAAUGAAGACUUUGAAAGCCUCCGCCGUCAGUUACUCCAUCUCAAAUUUCCAAAUCCCAUCAACUAAACCGAUUUCCUUCAUACCUCUGCUCCCCAUUACUAAUUCUAGAGCUCAAUUGAGCUCCCUUUCUCUCAAGACCUGCUGCGUAAGCUUCACCAAAAGGGGUAAACAUUCAGCAGUUGAGACCGCCGCCGAUGAAGAGGUUGAUAGCGCAGCAGAAGAAGAAGAAGAAGAGGAAGAAAAGAGCUCCAAUUCGAUUGCUACUUCAGCCAAUUGGGAGGCGCAAUUUCUCGGGGAGAUAAAAUCCAACGGAAAUUUAUCCCCAAAAAAGAAGGUGAAGCAGCUGAAUUCUAGGUUAAUUCGAGAAAAUGAUGAUAUGGAUUGGUGCGUUAGGGCUAGAAAAGUAGCUCUUAAAUCUAUCGAGGCUAGAGGAUUGACGGCCAAAAUGGAGAGAAUGGUCACCGGCGACAAAAAGAAGAAGAAAAAGAAAAAGAAGAAAAAGCAGCCUAAAAUUGAUAAUGAUGAUGAUGAAGAUGAUGAAUUUUUGAGUGAUGUUGAUGAUGGGGAUGAGGGUGAUGUUCUCAAUUUUGAUUUGGACUCUUUGGAUAAAGCUAGCCAUCUCAGGCAAACAGUGAGCAAGAUUGCAGGUGGGAUGUUCGAGGAAAAGCGUGAGAGAACAAUGGAGACAUUUGUCGAGAGGCUUUCGCAGUUUUCGGGGCCUUCCGAUCGCCGGAAAGAGAUCAACUUGAACAAGUUGAUUGUGGAAGCUCAGACUGCAGAUGAAGUUUUGGAGGCCACAGCUGAGGUGAUCAUGGCUGUGGCCAAAGGGCUCAGCCCUUCGCCCCUUUCACCUCUGAACAUCGCCACGGCCUUGCACCGGAUUGCCAAGAACAUGGAGAAGGUGUCGCUGAUGAGGACCCACAGGCUGGCAUUUGCGCGGAGGAGGGAGAUGAGCAUGCUUGUCGGGAUGGCAAUGGCCGCACUGCCAGAGUGCUCUGGGCAGGGGGUUUCCAACAUUGCGUGGGCGCUGUCCAAGAUUGGCGGGGAGCUUCUUUAUCUGUCUGAAAUGGACAGGGUGGCUGAGGUGGCCGUGGCAAAAGUAGACGAGCUGAAUUCGCAGAAUGUUGCUAAUUUGGCUGGAGCUUUCGCUUCUAUGCAGCAUUCUGCUCCGGAGCUCUUUGCAGAGUUGUGCAAGAGGGCUUCGGUUUUGAUCAAUACUUUCCAGCCUCAAGAAAUUGCCCAAGUUUUGUGGGCUUUUGCUUCACUCAAUGAGGUUGCAGACCCUUUGCUUGACUCUCUUGAUCACGCGUUUGACGGCUGCUCUGUGGUAACUAAUCUUGGUGAUGAGAGAGAAGCAGGUGGAAAUGGUGUCCCUCUAACAGUGGGAUUCACCAGAGAUCAGAUUGGUAAUGUAGCUUGGUCAUAUGCGGUUAUGGGGAGAUUGGAUCGCGUGUUCUUUUCACAUGUGUGGAGAGCUUUGAACCAUUUUGAUGGGCGGAGUAUAAGCGGGCAGCAUAGGGAAGACGUUGUGUUUGCUUCACAGCUUCACCUAGUGAUGCAGUGCCUCAAAGUGGAGUACCCUGAGCUUGAGGAAGCGUUGUCUAGUGAACUGGAGAGGAGAAUCGAGGGCACUGGGAAAACUAAGAAGUUCAAUCAGAAGGUGACUUCCUCGUUUCAGAAGGAGGUGUUGCGUCUCCUUGUUAGCACCGGGCUGGAGUGGAUCAAGGAGUAUAGCGUGGAUGGCUACACAGUGGAUGCAGUCUGUCUUGACAAGAAAGUGGCUCUAGAAAUCGAUGGGCCAACUCAUUUCUCAAGGAAUACCGGAGUGCCGUUGGGGCAUACUAUGCUCAAACGUCAUUACAUUGCUGCAGCCGGGUGGAAGAUCGUCUCCGUGUCUCAUCAAGAUUGGGAAGAACUCCAAGGCGAAUUCGAGCAGCUGGAUUAUCUUACAAGGAUUCUUGGUGAUGCCUUAGGUUAUGAGAGCAGCAAUGCUGUAAUAUCCUAGUGUGGUUUUGUGUGUUCAAUCAAGCAACACAUAAUGAAAAAGUCUGAUUUUUAAUGGAUAA